AUGAAUAUUUCUGCUUCUACCACUGUUUCCAAUGUUGCUCCUACGAGCUUCUACUUGUCUUCUCACCUCAAUGGCUCUAGAAUCUGCUAUGGAGUUGGUGCUAGUGGAGGCUUUCACACUCCUUUGUCUGUUAUGCCACUUAAGUCAGAUGGCUCUUUAUGCAUCAUGGAAGCUCUCUGCAAUAGAUCACAGUCAGAAGGGAUUGUGCCUACUUCGUCUCCAAAACUGGAGGACUUUCUGGGUGGUGCAACUAUGGACCCUCAUCAAUAUGGAAGUCAUCAACGAGAAACAAUGCCACUCAGCUUAGACAGCAUGUACUACCACCAAGAUGCGAAUCAGGAAAACAACCGGCAAUAUUCUCUGGGCCUUCUCCAAGAACCCUUUAGAGAGCAGGAACAAGAGUUUUCUGUUCAAACUCACCACUACUUUUUAGGACUUGCCUACCAAGCCAUGUUUCAUUCGCCAUUGGAGGAGGAAACCAAGGAUACCCAACUUGCAGUCUGUGAUUCCCAGAUUCCUCAAUUGGGAGAAAACAAUGCCUUACUUUAA